GCUCAGCAUUGCCCGAACAUUCUCCGCCGCUUGGAAUGGACCCAGGAGGGAGUAGAGCGUAUGUAUUAGGGGCAAGUCCACAGGCUAUGGCGAACACAGGUGUUGCAGACGGGCUGCAUGCCGGUGUUGGCGCGAGCAGCGGCGUCGGCGCGGCCGCGACAGCAGACCACGUUGCAGUGACCUGCCAGCCUGCAGAGGCGGCGCUGGUGCCACUGGCCGCCACCGCAGCCACCGCCGCCACCGCCACCACCGCCGCCACCAACGGCUCCGGCGCUGACGGCGCCAAAGGCGCCGCCGCCGCCGCCGCCGCCGCCGCCGGCUCGGCCGCCUCCUCCACCUCCGCAGACCCUGAGGCCGGAUUUGGAUUCGCCCACGACCAUGCCCGUACCGGCAGCGGCGGCGGCGGUGGCGGUACGGCGGAAGGGGAGAUGGAUCUGGAUGCCCAGUUGGCGGGUGUGGAGGGCGAGGGCACGCGUGUCGCGCCCUUCUUCCGCCCCUACUGGAGCGCCGCCACCUUCAUCACCGCGCUGGGCGCGGUGUUGAUGAUCUGGAUGUUCGCUUGGCUCUACUGCGGCGCCUUCUGGAACCCGGCCACCCGGCUGCCCAACCUGCACGUGGCGGUGCUCAACUGCGAUAGCCUGCCGCCGCCGGGGGGCGUGGCGCCGGGCUUCGAGCCCGUGCUGAGCGCGCUGGCGCACAGGCAACACAAAGAACUCCUGAAGCAGCAGCAGCAGCAGCAGCAGGGAUCAGGCGCGUCGGGGUCGAAGGCCAAGAGCGGCAGAGGUGGAGGAGGGGAGUCGGGGGCGGACCAGCCGGCGCCGGUGGCGGUGGCGGUGCGGAGGCGGCAGGGUCAGGGGCAGGGGCAGGGUCAGGGGCAGGGCCAGGGGCACGUGAUGGGGCGGCCCGGCGCAGCGGCCAUGGCAGGGGAGGUGGCAAUCCCUUGCGUGGUGGCGGCGGUGUGAGCAACACGCGUGCGUGAGUGUGUUUGUGAGCAAGGCGCGUGAGUAGCGUGAGAGGGCUGACGUGUUUGUGAGCAGAACGCUCGAGUGACCAAAGCGCGUGUGUGAGCAGACAUGCACUCAUGAUUGAGACGUGUCUAUAACGGAACGAAAGUGAGAGAACGUUUUACGCGCGUUAUUGAGGUGUGUGUGUGAGCGAGGGAAUGAGCGAGCGAGUGCAUGGGGAAGAUGCGUGCAUGAGGCUUGGACGUGUCAUACAUAGCGAGGGGACGGUGUGUGUGUGUGUGUUUGUGUGUGUGUGUGGGGGGGGGUUCGCUGUUGGGGGGAGAGGGAGCUGUGUAUGCAAUACGGUAUACACGUGAAACGCUGAUGAUGUGACAUGUGCUGAGUGAGCCCACGGGGUUAGGGCGUGGGGCUGGGUCUGGGGCUCCAAGUGCAUGCCAGGGAAAUGGAGGGGGCAAAUGAUUACGCCAUUAUUCUACCAGUCAGGGGUGCAUUCAUAGAUGAGCUACAUGGGAACGGGGGUGUGUGUUUCCUUGCUUGCGGGGUGGAGGCCAGGGUGAGACCUGGGCACGUACAUGGGUUCGAUAUACACUAAUGGGCGGGGCCACACGCACAUCUUUCUUGAAUUCUUCAAGCUUGCACUGCGUUUUUGUAUGAGCUUGCAAGGUCAUGACUACUGGCUCCCCGCAUCUCGGCGGGCUCGUGCGGCGCCCCCUGCCCAAACCCGACGGGGCUCCUUGCCGGGCUCCCAAUCCUCGUGGCAGACGAGGGAGGGGGUUGUAAAUUCCAGGCCAAAGUAAACUGAACCAAAGGGGAGGGGGAGAGGAUGCAAGGAACGCGAGCAUAGCGGAAGCAAGGUGGCGCGGUGUAAUGAAGGCGGGGAGGAAGGGGAUGUCGAGAAGGCGGGAGGGACACGCGGGGGACGUGCAAAGCGGAGAGCAGGGUCACCAGGGAAUGGAUGUGUGAUGGGGCAGUGGUAAGGCAGGUUGGUAAAGUCCCGUAGGGUGCAGCUGAUUCCCAGAACCCAACAAAUGGCAUACAAUUGGCAGCGGCAGGGCAAGAGUGCGCGGCUGGUCAAACGCCGGAGUUACUGUACUGACGAGUUGCUGGCUGGCUGGAAGUUUGCUGACGCGCAUUCCUCCUGGGAAUGGAUGGGGGAAGCGCUGGGUAAAGGACUGGGACAGGGGAAAUAUAUGUGUAGGGCUAGGUCAAGGGCUAGGUCAACGGCUGCGAAAGGGGACGUAGGAC